GUAGACAGCAGUGCUUCAGGGUAAACCUCCUCCACCCAUAACCACCAUCUGGGGAGUUUUCCACUCACACUUUGUGAACUUCAAACCAUUCCUUCUCUUUAUUUUUCCUGGAGUUAAACAAUGGCCAACGCAGGAAUCCAGCUCCUGGGCUUCACACUGGCCUUCCUGGGCUUCAUCGGAUCCAUAGCGUCCACGAUCAUGGUGGAAUGGAAAGCUUCGUCUUAUGCAGGAGACAACAUUAUAACAGCUCAGGCUCUUUAUGAGGGUCUGUGGAGGAGCUGUGCAUCUCAGAGCACAGGCCAAAUCCAGUGUAAAGUCUACGAUUCCCUCCUUCAGCUCCCAGCGAUUGUUCAGGGAACCCGAGGCCUGAUGCUGUCCGCCAUCCUGCUGUCAUUCAUCGCCAUCAUGGUGGCGGUGGUGGGCAUGCGGUGCACCACCUGUUUGGCCGACGAGCCGACGCAGAAGGACAAAGUGGCUCUGGCCGGAGGAGUUCUCUUUAUUAUCGGCGGUCUUUUUGCUCUGGUGGGAACGUCUUGGUAUGCCCAAAGAGUAGCACAGGAAUUCUACGACCCCUUUACUCCGACUAACUCAAGGUUUGAGUUUGGAAGUGCCUUAUAUGUGGGAUGGGGAGCCGCCUGCCUCACUAUUAUAGGAGGAAGCUUCCUCUGCUGCAACUGCUCCAAUCAGGGCUCAGGGAAAUCUCCACGUUACCCACCGUCCCGCUCUGCAGGACAACCAGGCCGGGAUUACGUCUAGAUGGACACUUACCCGUCCAGCAUCCGCCUAUAACUCUAAAACAGGACACAAACAGUCACUGUAACCCAUCAAUUAUUCUAUUGGUCAGGUUUUUUUUUGUUUGUUUGUUGCAGGAUGUACAUUUGCAGGUGUUGUGUGGUGUAUUUUUGAUAGUUUUAUAAAACCACUCUAAUGCUCUAUUUGCAUAGGAUUAGUAUUACCUGUAAACCUUUGGUCAUUUGUAAUAAUCAUAAAGAUCGUCUGUGAUUUUAAUCCAUGCAAAUCUACAGGAUUUCAGCAAAUACACAGCUCUUAUUAUUAGUCUGGUGCAAAUCCACAUCUGUGUAUUUUUUCUGCUCAUGAAAGCCUCACAAGUGUUUGAGUGCAAAUUUAGGAGAAUGGUGUAUUGACAACACAUGGAUUUAGACAGAAAAGUUCAAGUUAAAUCUCUAAAGAUGAUUAGAUGGAUGCAUGGAUGAUGAGGGUAACAGUAAGGAGUGUAUUUUUCUGUCUUUCACUGUGAUUAGAUUAGAUUAGAUUAGAUUAGAUUAGAUUAGAUUAGAUUCGAUUCGAUUCGAUUCGAUUCGAUUCGACUUUAUUGAUCCCACGAUGGGAAAAUUCAACGGUCAAGGUAACAACAGAAUAAAGUGCAAGAAAGAAAGUGCAUAUGCAUAAAGAUUGUGCCAAAAAAAAAAAAAACAGGUUAGUGUAAAAGCAAACAAUAUGAAAUAAAAAAUAACAAGUGGUGCCAGGCACAACAAACCCCGC